AUGUAUACAAAUCCUGAUUUCUGUAAGCCUCCAUAAUAACCUAAUUCAUAUACAUAUUAGCAAAUAGUAGAAAUGUACAAUUAACUAUACUAUUCUAUACAUAAUUAACUAUUUUUAUUAGCUAUGCGUAACAAAACAUAAUUACCUAUUCAAUAAUCAAAUUAUAUUACUAUUUCUGAUAAUGAAGAAAGUAUACCUUAAAAAGAAAUCAAACCUACUCCGUCUUAACCAAUUCAAACUAUUUAAACUUAAAAAUAAAUAACUCAAAUGCUGGACCUAGAUUAACUUGAAGUUUAGGGUAAAUUAUAUGAAGCUGAAAGCUCUCCUUCUCUCUAAUUACUAAAAAGGAUUAUUUAAAAACCUUAAAAACUUUUAUUUAAGCAAUAGAAAAAAAAAAAAUAAAAUUAAACGAUAAUCUUCAAAUAAACCAUUUAGAUGCAUCUAAUAAAUCUAAAUAAGUAAAGAGAAAUAAUUACUCUAAUUAUCACAAUCUAAUGUCAAAGUUAGAUUAAUUAAAGUCUAUGAAAAAAAUCAAGAUUAAUGUAAGUAACAUUUAUUAUUUUAUAUAGUUAUGAAACUCUAUCAAAACUGAAAACUUCAUUUUCCUUUGCUAAUGAAGAUGUUGCUGUCAUACUUAAUAUUUCUGAUAAAAAUUAUUCUAAAGCUGAAUCAUUUAUACAACAUUAUGGACCAGACAUUUCAUACCAUCUAAAAUGUAAAUUUUUAAUUUUAUUUCUAAGCAUACAAAGAUCAACAAAUUCAUCAAACUACUUAGAAAAAAUGA